AUGACAGCGGUUUCGAACGCACAGGACCAUACGCCUUUGCAGUCGUACGUCGGGUUCGACUCGAUCACCAAGCAGAUCGAGUCGAAGCUGCUCAAGCGCGGCUUCCAGUUCAACGUGAUGGUCGUCGGUCAGACGGGGCUGGGCAAGUCGACGCUCAUCAAUACGCUGUUUGCGGCGCACCUCAUCGACACCAAGGGCCGCUUUGCAGCCGACGAGGUGGUUCGUCAAACCACCGAGAUCCACCCCGUGUCGCAUGUGAUUGUGGAAAACGGCGUCAAGUUGCGACUGAACAUUGUCGACACACCCGGCUAUGGCGACCAGGUGAACAAUGAAAACUGCUGGGAUCCCAUCGUCAAGUACAUCAAGGAUCAGCACUCGGCGUACCUGCGCAAGGAGCUCACCGCCAUGCGCGAUCGAUACAUUGUCGAUACCCGCAUCCACUGCUGCCUCUUCUUCAUCAACCCUACGGGACAUGGAUUGCGUCCUAUCGACGUGGCGGUGAUGAAGAAGCUCAGCGAUGUGGUCAACGUUGUGCCGGUGAUUGCAAAGUCCGACUCUCUGACCAUGGACGAGCGCGAUCUGUUCAAGGAGAGGAUCAGGGCCGAGAUGCAGUACAACAACAUCCGCAUCUUCCCCUUUGACAACGACGAGUACGAAGUCGAGGAACAGGAACUCAACGACCGCAUUCGCAACCUGAUUCCUUUCGCUGUUGUCGGUUCCGAAUCCACGGUGGUGGUGGAUGGAAAACAGGUCAGGGGCAGGAAGAAUAGGUACGGCGUGGUCAAUGUCGAGAACGAAAGCCACUGCGAGUUUGUGCAUUUGCGCAACUUCCUCACGCGCACCCAUCUGCAGGAUCUCAUCGAGACUACGGCGCAGAUUCACUACGAGGCGUUUAGGAGCAAGCAGCUGCUGGCGCUCAAGGAGUCGUCGUCCAAACAGCAGCAGGCCCAACAGCAGCCCGCACAGCACUAA